GAAAAAUAUGAAUGAUCGGGAAAAGGCACCUAUGUAUUAGUAGCAACAGCAAGAGUAAAAACAGAAUGAGGAAGACGAUAAUCAGAAGUAGAAAGUGAAUGCAGUCGUUUCCUUAUUUUUUUUGUAUUUUAUAGAUACGAGUACUUGCGCGGAGAGAAGUUUCCCACAAGUACGAAAUCGUGAGAAAAAUUCUUACGAAAUAUACUCACGUAAAUUCAAGGAAGACCACGACCACAGGAUGAUGGCAGCCGGCGCGACCGACGAGGAAUUUUCUCGUUUGAAAUUGCUCGUUUUCCGGACCCUAGAAAACAAUGGAGUGCUGGGACAGAUUCGGAGUCAAAUACGGCACAACGUGUACAAGACGAUCGAACAGGAUGAAGUCCUCCUGCAAAAACCUUCGCUGAACGAACCCAAUCAAGCCGCAGUCGUAGUCUUCGAUUGGCUGGAAAAAAAUGGGUAUUUAAAUGUAUAGUAUACAUUUCUGAACUUUGUGGAUCAGAAAAACUAUUUUCCGUGCUAGAAACAGUACUAACUAGUACAACUAGUUCUUGAUGUCUUCUACGUCUACCUAAUACAGACAGAUGACAGAACUCCUGUGCUGGUUUGAAUAUAAUUUUCAUCCGACCGGCAACUACGAACAAUCGUUAUCACAGGUAUAGUCGUACAGCGAAUUUACUGCAGCAUGAGUCGAAGACUCGGCCAGCCGAUGAGGAGAGCGUGGCGCGAGCAAAGAGUGAUCUCGGGAUAUCAUCCUUUGCGGAACCGUCAAGUUCUUUACUCGAUGGGCUACUCAAAUUACCGUCCUCAAGUCGCGGAGCCGCCGCCGCAGGUGCGGGCGGCGCCGUGUCACCUGGCGACAGUGGAGAUGUGUUCGGCGGGCACGCAGGUGGCGCGACAUCCUCACUGUCUUCGGGCAUCUUGGGUGGCCUUGGAGCACGAUCGCAACUAGAAAAGAAAGCCCCAGCUGCGCAAGCGGCGGGAAAUUCCUUGUACUACGAGGACCACAUUCACUAAUCUUGUACAACUACUCGGAGAGCACGGCCACAAUUUGCGUGCACUGGAAAACAUUAAUUUUCACUCAAAAUCAAUCAACAGUGCAAUUUUUCAGUAAGUUUCUUUUUGAAUGUUGAAGUUCGCUCUGUUACCUCAAGUAGUGCAUACUGUUACUUUUUCAGUAGACUUGUCGUCGAGAGGAUCGAUUAGCAGCUCCACGCUCUUCCUGAAAUUUGCCCUUCGUUUUACCCAACAGCAACCCGCCAUCACGCAAUGAAGACGCGGCAGAAGCAAGAGGCUCCGGUGGAGAUACGGGAUUUGCAAGUACUUUUUUCAUUUACGCACGAGAUACCUCCUGCUCACUGGAAGUAGAAUCUCAAUAAAAGAUUUUCAAUUUUGUCCUGGCAAUCUGUUCCUUCUCUUGGGUGAAGACGGGGACUAGAGAUGGACUACUUGAGUUUGAAAUAUGUCACGAACUUUUUAGCGUAAUUCGUGGCUUCCUCACCUAGUUUGGAUUACAUUUUCAAGAUUGAAUGUUUCCUCAUUUUCAGAGUCGAAGUUCCUGGCAGACUUGCCGCCACUAGGGAAAGACCUGCCUCCACUGGGAAAGGUGCGAGAGCUUCCGCCUCUCGGGGGCACGGCCAGCGGAGAAGAGGAUGGUCUGCUGUCCGAUAUUGACAAUAAGAUAGCACAACUACGACUAGGCGGCGAUGUGAACAAGGGCAGCACACUUGGUGGCACACUUGGUGGGUUCGGAAGCAGCGCAGUAGGACCGCUGGACGAGGCAAAGGUGCUUACUAUCAGUCGCUUGUACUACUUGUUGGAAAUGGAAAGUUGGUUUGUUGGGACUCUUAUCGCGUGGUUUUUUUGUAGAAUUUGAAUUUGUGAAGUAGAUUGACUUAUACAUAGUUAGAUGCAUUUGCAAGAAGAAGAACAAGCGAUCAUAUUGGCGAUUCUAAGCAUCAAGAGGAAGAACAGGCGACCAUAUUCGCAAUUCUGUUAAUUACUGUGAAAAUGACUACAGCCAACUUCCGGCGGCAGUGGUCCGUCAGCUGGUCCAGCGAGCGGCGUAGGCGAUGCGUCGGGAAGCAAAUUCACGACACUAGCGGCUGAGUCUCACCUGUUAGCGAGCAAAAACAAAGGCGGCUCACCUGUUGAAGAAGAGAUAGUAAGUGAGAUUGAGGAGAGUAUAUCGGCGGGGGGCAUGUCCGAAGAGUACGAAAAUGACUUCGUAGUGGAAAGCAAGUCAAGGGUGCUGGAUAGUCUGCAGCAGGCUGAUUUCUCAGUGGAUUCUACAGAGCUCGAGAAAUAUGACCAUUUGGAGGAAGUCGGGAAUGACUGA